AAAUGUAGAGAAGACAAAUGUUUGCUAAAGUGACACUUGUUUUUGGUUAUAUCUGUCAGCAUGAAACUCAACGUUUCUUUAGCUGAAAACCGAUACGUAAUAUUUUGUGACCCUCAAUCUCCUGGGGGAAAAAAAAAACAAGUUUAUCCCAGUUGUCUUGUCACUUUUAUAUUAUUACAUCUUCACAGGGCUGGCAUUUUGUGGAAGCAGAAUUUUUACAAAUUGCAUCAUUUACUCAAAUGCACCAUUUGAUGCCACAAGACUUUUCUUCACAGUGUGUUUUCAGAGCCUGUAGACCUUGGAAGACAGCACUGCUAUCAUGCCUACUUCUGCUCCAAUUCUUAACUGUGUGCAGAAGCUUGUUUUGUAUGAAACACGAGCUAGGUAUUUCCUUGUUGGAAGCAAUCAGGCAGAAACCAAAUACCGUGUUUUGAAAAUUGAUCGCACAGAACCCAAGGAUUUGGUUAUUAUUGAUGAUAAGCAUGUGUACAACCCUCAAGAAGUGAGGGAACUUCUCGGGCGCUUAGAUUUGGGGAACCGGACAAAAAUCGGACAGAAAGGAUCUUCGGGACUGUCGAGAUCUGUUUCUGCUUUUGGCAUUGUUGGUUUUGUACAUUUUUUAGAAGGCUAUUACAUUGUGUUGAUUACAAAACGAAGAAAGAUGGCUGAUAUAGGUGGGCAUUCAAUCUAUAAAAUUGAAGAUACAAAUAUGAUCUACAUUCCAAAUGACUCGGUCAGAGUUGCACAUCCUGAUGAAGCCAGAUAUGUGAGGAUUUUCCAAAAUGUUGAUCUGUCUAGCAACUUUUACUUCAGCUACAGCUAUGACUUGAGCCAUUCCCUGCAGUACAAUCUCACAGUCCUGAAGAUGCCCAGUGAGAUGCUGAAGACGGAGGAGGUCUUAACACAGAGUCGUCAGGACAGCUUUGAUAUCUUUGAAGAUGAAGGUUUGCCUACACAAGUGGUUUAUGGCAUCAGCAACGAACCCUACGCAAAGUAUGUGUGGAAUGUUCAGCUACUGGAAAGAAUCAAAGAUAACGUGCAUCCAGACUGGCUUCUGUAUGUCAUUCAUGGAUUCUGUGGGCAGUCCAAGCUGCUGAUAUAUGGUCGACCAGUUCACGUCACACUGAUUGCCAGAAGAUCAAGCAAAUUUGCUGGAACACGUUUCUUGAAGAGAGGAGCCAACUGCGAGGGGGACGUUGCCAAUGAAGUAGAAACAGAACAGAUAAUCCAUGAUGCCUCAGUGAUGUCCUUCACUGCUGGGAGUUACUCUUCUUAUGUCCAAGUCCGAGGAUCUGUCCCUCUGUAUUGGUCUCAGGACAUUUCCACCAUGAUGCCCAAACCACCCAUUAGAUUGGACCAAGCAGACCCCUACGCCCACGUAGCAGCACUCCACUUUGACCAGAUGCUUCAGAGGUUCGGGUCUCCAAUAAUUAUACUGAAUCUAGUCAAGAAACGUGAAAAGCGGAAGCAUGAAAACAUCCUGAGUGAAGAGCUUUAUCCUGCCGUGACAUACCUCAACCAGUUUCUGCCUCCAGAGCACCACAUCGAUUAUAUUGCCUGGGAUAUGGCCAGAUACACAAAGAGCAAACUGUGCAAUGUGCUGGAUCGUCUCAGCUUAAUAGCAGAAAAUGUAGUAAAAAGAACAGGGUUCUUUGUAAAUCGCCCAGAUUUCUACUGCAACAAAGCAAGGCCUGAUGAAAGGUGGGGUGACCUUGGGGGUUAUGCUUCAGCCAGCGGCCGUAUGCAGACUGGUGUUUUGCGGACUAACUGUGUGGACUGUCUGGAUCGUACCAAUACUGCCCAGUUCAUGGUUGGGAAGUGUGCUUUGGCAUACCAGCUUUAUACCCUGGGCAUGAUCGACAAGCCUAGGUUACAGUUUGAUACAGACUGUGUCAGACUCUUUGAAGAGCUGUAUGAAGACCAUGGGGACACACUGUCUCUGCAGUACGGAGGCUCUCAGCUUGUCCACAGAGUGAAAACCUACAGAAAGAUUGCACCCUGGACCCAGCAUUCGAAAGACAUCAUGCAGACCCUCUCCCGUUACUACAGCAAUGCAUUCUCAGAUGCUGACAGACAGGAUGCCAUAAACCUUUUUCUGCAAGUGUUUCAGCCUUCUGAAUCCAAACCUCACCUCUGGGAGCUCCCCACUGAUUUCUAUCUGCAUCACAAGAACACUAUGGUGCUUCCUCUUGAAAGACGAAGUUACACUUACUGGUGGACAGGGACUAUAUUAUCAUAUCUCCCAUUACCCUAUGAUGAAGUCCCGUGUGAUGAAAACAAAAAGAAGUUGAUUGUAAGGAGACUCAACAAAUACGAUGAAAGCAUUGAUACCUAUACAGAAUUCUUUAGACCCUACGAGCUGAGUUGUUUUGAUGACACCUUCUGCCUGACUAUGACUAAUUCAGCACGGGAGUUCAUGCCGAAGACUGUUGGAAUUGACCCAAGCCCAUUCACUGUUCGCAAACCUGAGGAGACUGGGAAAUCAGUGUUAGGUAACAAGAGCAACAAGGAGGAAACUGUUUUACAGCGUAAGACAGCAGCCAGUGCCCCACCCCCGCCCAGUGAGGAGGCCAUCUCGAGCAGCUCUGAUGACGACUCUGGAACCGACAAGGAGGAGGAGGGAGCUGCAUCCCAGCGAUCCACUCCAGUCAAACUCACAGAGGUGGGAGACAGCGCCAGAAUGCAGGAGGUCUUUAUACAUCAACCCAUGAAGGAAGCAUAUGGGCUAAAUCUCUUGGAGUUCCCUUCAGAAGACGAUUUAUUGAUCUACAAGCGGUUCGUUCACCUCGGACAAAGUCAGCAUAAAGUGGAGAGGAGCAGCCAGCAGAAGACUGAUUCAAGAUACUUUGAGAAUGUCAUUAGCCUGAACCAUAUAUCAUAUUUCCUGAACGACAGUAUAUAUGAGACUCAGGAGCCGAAAGUGGACAGGAAAUCCAGGGAGAUCUUUGAAAGCCAUGUUCAAGCUGGAAGAGGUCUGGUGCAGUCACUUUCCAAGGAUGACAUCCUGAUGUACAGGGAGUACAUCCGGAACAGAUGCAUGUAGAACAACAAACUUUCCGUGGUACUAGCUGCACGCUGUUGUCAUUCAACCUUGAUACAGGUUAUCAAUGUCUGCUCAUCUCAAUCCUUCAGGACCAAAAAUUUCAGAAUUAUUCUAAAAUUCUACCAUGUGUGUGUUAAUCUUGUUUUACUACACUCAUUUUUAAGGACGUGUGGUUGUGGAUUUCGCUUGCAAUUAAAUUUAUGUUAAUCUGUGUCAUUUUAUAUCUUAAUUGCAAACCUACACGCACUGAUAUGCACUAAUUUCCUUGAGGCUUUUAUCUUAGUUACUGAAUUGCCUUUUGAAUGUUUCCUAGGAGACAUGGAGCUGGUAGGCAGGUGUAAAUCAGUGUGAGGGAUUUGACCUUUCCACACACAUGGUGCUGGUAAUAAUCCAGCAUUACAGAGGCUUUCACGUGAGCCGCGUGAGCUGUGUGGAGCGGGCGGGCUCCUGCAGAUCCUGUCAUUGCCCUUAUGAAAACUGCAUUUUCUGAAUGAACUGGUAAAAUGCUUUUCAGUAAAUUCAGUUGAUGGAUGCCGACUGCCAGCUUGUUGCUUGAAUAGAGGAGGAACAGCAGCUGCCAGCAAUAUAAAUUGGAAUUACUUUAGAUGUGGGAUGAAGGGAUGCAUCACUAAGUGCUGUGGGAUGAUAUCAAGUUUCUGUGGUUAAUUGUGUAUCUAUUAUUUGUUUACAAAGCAAAGACCCAUCCUCUGUUUAAAGUUGAUGUGGUCUUAGUUGAAGCACAGUACCACAGUAAUAAAUUUGUAAUUGUCUUAAAUGCAAAUGUAAUGUUCAUUCCCCCCUUUCUAUGUAUGUAGAGAUUUCUCUCUUUCCUUUUUCAUGUAAAACCACUAAUAUUUUAAAGGCUUACUUUUACCAUUACUACCUUUGUGUAACAUAAUGCAUGCAUCUUUUUCAACAUAAUCGCUAGAUAGUUAAAUAGUCAAAAUAUCAUAGCAGCUCAUGAAAACUUGGUAUGUCACAGCUUCUACAAACAGCGGAAGUGAAUGUUGCAAACUUUACCAAAAUAAAUGAGAAGAUAUAUA